AACCCCUUCCGGUUGUAUGGACGUGCGUGUUUUGUAAUUCAACGUGUGUAAACAAACACUGGUAUUAGCUAAUGUAGAAAAGAGAGCUGUGGGCAGUUUUCGGCGCGGUCAACAUGGUGAAGUGUGUGGUGCGGGGAUGCCAGAACCAGAGCGACCUGAAGUCGGGGGAAAUGCGCAACAGGCCUCGGAAACGCUUUUUCAGCUUCCCUACGGAUCAGGGCCGCGUUAGCGUGUGGCUGGCGGCGCUGCGGGACUCGGGGCGAAUUUCCGCCGAGCACAGGAUCUGCGAGGAUCACUUUCUCCCCGAGCACAUCACCCCGACCGGCAUCAGACCGGACGCCAUCCCGAUCAUGCCCCCUCUGGAGGGAGGGAUACUGGGCUCGAGAGACUGGACCUCACCGCUGGAGCCCAGCGAGGAGCUUUCAGACCCCAUCGAAGUGGUGACUGAAAUUCCACCAGAUGAGGAGGAGAACGAAGAUGUUCAGAUGUAUGAUGAUGUUGUUGGAGAUGAGGAGGAAUAUGAAGACUCUGAUUAUGCAGAGGAAGAGCCAAUGAACAUGGAUGAGGAAGCUGAGAGGGAGUGGCUGGCAAGACUCCAGGAAAAUCUUGAAACAUCCACAGAAAAGAAAUCUGUUUCUGCAAUAAAGGCCACCACUCCUCGCUCUGAGGUAACGCUUGGACGCCUCACCAAGCGCUUCAUGGAUCUGCUCCACUCAGCUCCGGGAGGAAUUCUCGACCUCAACGAGGCCACGCGAAAACUAGGCACACGCAAAAGGCGGGUCUACGACAUCACCAAUGUCCUCAACGGUAUUAAACUCAUCACAAAGAAGUCAAAAAGCAAGAUCCAGUGGGUGGGUCCAUCACCAAUUAGCUGUUUCAAAGGCCAGUGGAAAACCAAGAUGAAGAAUGAGCUGCUAAACCUGAAGACGAUGGAGGAGUCUCUGGAUUGGCUCAUUAAAGACUGUGCCCAGCAGCUGUUUGCCCUGACAGACCUCGCAGAAAACGCUAACUCCGCUUACGUGACGUACGAAGACAUCUGUCAGCUCGCUGCCUUCCAGGAUCAGACUGUGAUCGCAAUCAAAGCUCCUGAGGAGACCAAGCUGGAGGUCCCUACACCCACUGAGGAGUGCAUUAAGAUCCACCUGAAGGGCUCCAGGGGUCCCAUCCACGUGUUGACGUGUGAAACGAGCGCCUCAGACGCAAGCGCGCAGCCCGAGCAGCUCAAAAACGGCCGUUUCCUUACACUGGAGGAGAGCAGGAUAGAAACCACACCACUCCUCACAGAUCUCCCGACCGUUUCUUCUGCUGUCCGGAGCGCAUAAGGUUAAAAAAAAAAAAGUUUAUCUGUGGAACGGUCGAAACUGUGUCUCAGGAUUGCACCGAUUCUCUGCUGCAGCCCAACUGCUGUUCAUCUCCAGGAGAGUUUAUUUGGGGACCUGCUGCUGUAAAAAUGUGAAAUAUGUUGAUAGGACCACAGAUGUAUAAGCUUUAUUUUUUUAUAUGCAUUACUCAAGCGUUUUCAAAACUGCACAUUUUUUGUUUUUCUUUGUACUAAUAGGGAUGUAAAUUCCUCUGAGGAAAUAUAGUAACGAUAUGAAAAUGUAUAAAUACGAGCAACUGGUUGUGUACAGUGUGAUUACUACAUGAGAAAAUUAACGUUUCAGCCGCAUUUGACACAUUUUGAUUGCAGUUUCAAGCAUUACAAAUUAAUUCUUCAGUCGUGUUCAUCGUAAUGAGGAAUUUUUUUUUUUUGAGGAUUUCCUAAGCAGAAUAUGAUCAUGUUUUUUGUUACUUUGUGUUUAAAUUCAGAAAAUAAAAUCAACGAUGUGAAAUA